AUGAAUGGUGACGAUCCUGCGUCAUGGACAAUCCAAGAAGUGGUUCUCGAGCGCGGCGACACCGGCCUCGGUUUCAGCAUCGCGGGCGGCACGGACAAUCCGCACGUGGAACGCGACACCUCGAUCUAUGUCACGAAACUGAUCCCAGGUGGAGCGGCCUGCGCGGACGGGCGGCUGGCGGUCGACGACUGCAUAUUGCGCGUCAACGAUUGCGACGUGCAGGGCGUACCGCAUUCGGAAGCGGUCGAAGCGCUCAAGAGAGCUGGAAACACAGUCAAACUGUUGAUAAAACGACGCCGUCCUGCUGGUCCUCGCCUUAUGGAAUUGGAAUUGGUAAAAGGUGAUAAGGGACUUGGUUUUAGUAUUGCUGGUGGUAUUGGCAAUCAACACAUACCUGGAGAUAAUGGAAUUUACGUUACAAAAAUUAUGGAAGGCGGCGCAGCACAUGCCGAUGGCCGCCUGGCGGUCGGUGACAAGUUAGUGGCGGUGCGAAACACGGCGCAGGGCGAACGAGAUCUUCAAAACGUGACACACGAAGAAGCGGUUGCGACGCUUAAAGCGACUACGGAUAGAGUUGUGCUGCUCAUUGGAAAAACCGAACACCGACCUGAUUGUGUGACCGACAGCGCACCGUUGCGGGCUUCUACAGCAAAUUUACAUCAUUCACAAACUUUACCAAGACCUCUUACACCGAGAGCUGUAAGCCAGGAAGAUAUCUCUAGGGAGCCCCGUACAAUUGUUAUUAACAAAGGCAAUAGUGGCUUAGGUUUUAAUAUCGUGGGCGGUGAAGAUGGUGAAGGCAUUUUUGUAUCAUUUAUUUUGGCCGGUGGACCUGCGGAUGCUGGAGGUGAGUUGCGUCGUGGCGACCAGAUCAUCAGCGUUAACGGAGUUGAUCUGCGCAACGCAACGCACGAGGAGGCUGCACAAACAUUGAAGAGUACCGGACAGACGGUGACAAUAAUAGCACAGUAUCGUCCGGAUGAUUAUAACCGCUUUGAGGCCAAAAUAACCGAUCUAAAGCAAAAACUUAGCACAUCGGGCGGCACAUUGCUGCGCACUUCGCAAAAACGCACUUUGUUCGUGCGCGCGUUAUUCGACUACGACCCGAACCGCGAUGACGGUCUUCCGUCACGCGGACUGCCAUUCCGUCACGGCGAUAUUUUACACGUGACGAACGCCAGCGACGACGAAUGGUGGCAGGCUCGCCGGGUACCUCCUCCAGGAGGUGCUGAUGAAGGUACGGUUGGCAUAGUUCCUUCUCGCAAACGUUGGGAGAGGAAACAGAAGGCCAGAGAUCGCAGCGUGAAGUUCCAGGGACAACAGCCUGGACAAGUUGGGGAUAAGCAAAGCACGCUCGAUAGGAAGAAGAAAAAUAACUUUGCAUUCAGCAGAAAGUUUCCAUUUAUGAAGUCUAAAGAUGAUAAGAGCGAGGAUGGAUCUGAUCAGGAACCCCCUAAUCAACAUGGUGUCGAAUCUAAUGAUAAUGAAUCUCAUACAUUUAUGUUGUGCUACACUCAAGAUGAAGCAAAUCCCGAUGGCGAAGAAAACGUUCUUUCUUAUGAAGCUGUGCAACAAUUGACUAUAAAUUACACCAGACCAGUCAUAAUAUUAGGACCGCUCAAGGAUCGCGUCAAUGAUGAUUUGAUUUCCGAAUUUCCCGAAAAAUUCGGCAGCUGCGUACCUCAUACUACAAGACCGAAGAGAGGCUAUGAAGUGGAUGGUCGAGAUUAUCACUUCGUGGCAUCCCGCGAACAAAUGGAACGUGAUAUUCAAAAUCAUUUGUUUAUUGAAGCAGGACAGUACAAUGAUAAUUUAUAUGGAACUUCUGUAGCUUCUGUUCGUCAAGUUGCAGAAAAGGGUAAACAUUGCAUUUUAGAUGUGAGCGCUAAUGCUAUAAAACGACUUCAAGUCGCACAACUUUAUCCCAUUGCAAUAUUCAUCAAACCAAAAUCAAUUGAAUCUAUUAUGGAAAUGAAUAAACGAAUGACUGAAGAGCAGUCUAAGAAAACUUACGAACGUGCUCUAAAGAUGGAACAAGAAUUUGGAGAGUACUUUACAGCUAUUAUUCAAGGGGAUACACCGGAAGACAUCUACUUGAAAGUGAAGGAAGUAAUUUCUUCCCAAGCAGGUCCUAACAUUUGGGUGCCAUCUAGAGAAGCACUGUGACAAGGUCUGAUGCCUAAAGGGCCCUACACUUCAUGGACUGUUCCAUCGAAACGAAAUUCUCACAAAUCUAAUGGCUCAGUACCUUAAAUGUAAAAACUUUUUAUUGAUUAUAUUUUAAUUGUGUUGCUUGUUUAUUGUUGUAAUAAUAAUGACCUUUGAGUCUUUUUUUAACUUUGCGACUUCUAAAUUUUAUUUAUUGACUGGUUUUUAAACUUUUAACUGAAG